UAGGAGCGUGGACCGGACAACCAUGAACUGCCAAAAGCACGAGUGCUGCUGCAUCACCGGCUAUAAAGCGACCCACCUCUCUCUCUCUCUCCUCUCAUCAGCUUCUCUCUCACUCUAAAAUCUUGUCAAUUUCCUUCAACUCUCACUCCCAAGAUCUACACCCUUGUUCUUUUCCCCUCUCUCUCUCUCUCUCUCUUUCUCUCUCUCUCAAGAUCUACCCCUCUAACUCUUUCUCUCUCUCUACUCAUCACUAGCAAACCUCCCAACUCUCCCUCUCUUUCUCUCUCUCUAUAUAUAUAUAUACACACACACACAUUCUGUCUACUUCUCAGAUCUCCGCCGUAUCUCAUGGAUCUAGAACCUCACCCGCAUUGUCGUCUCUAGGCUAGGGUUUAACGACCUCAUGCUUCUCUGGCCCCGCUCUACCACUCAAAGCCAUGCAAUUCCUUGUUUUGAACGGAGGAGGUGGUGACGAACGCGGCCGACGCGGGCCGGAGCUUCACCGGAACCCUAUAAUCCUCCGGCGGGACUCCGUCGAAGCGCUCGGUCUUGGAUUCUGACAAUGGUGUGCGCGAAUCGCAUUCCGAAGAGUGAAGAUGCCAACUCUCUCGAUGCGUCGUCGUUUUCUCCUUGUUGUUCUGUUCACUCUGGUUUCUUCUAACUUCGGGAGGUCUAUGUCAACGAGUGGGUCAUUUUCUCCAUCAGAAGCACCCCAUAUGCCCUGGUUCAAGCCUUCUUCCGAACCACCGUCUAUACCUGAUCCUUCUCCAUUGUAUCGAGGUCCUGUUGCUGGUCCUAGCACUAGCACCUUCCCAAGAAAUCAUCGCCACCAUCGUCAUCUGGAACCCAUUUCAGUCACUCCAGCCCCCUCUACAACACCGGGUUGUGGUCAAAUAUGUGUGGAGCCACUAACUUCAACUCCCAUUGGUUCCCCAUGUGGUUGUGUCUUUCCGAUGAAAAUUAGACUUCUUUUGGAUGUAUCACUCUAUGGUAUCUUUCCUUUGGUUAAUCACCUCGAGAUUGACAUUGCAGCAGGCACAUAUCUUAGACAAAGCCAAGUGGUAAUAAUUGGUGCCAGUGCAGAUAGUCAGAAUCAGGGAAGAACAGUGGUGGACAUUAAUUUGGUGCCUUUGGGGGAGAAGUUUGAUAAUACCUCUGCUUUGUUGACUUAUGAGAGAUUCUGGGAGAAGAAGGUGCCUCUAAAUAAGACGCUUUUUGGCAAUUAUGAAGUGAUGUCUAUCAGUUAUCCAGGGCUUCCUUCUUCACCGCCGUUUGAUGGUUAUGCCGGUAAUGGUCCUACUGGAAGUGCUGGAAAUCAGCAAUACCCUAUUACCGCAGAUUUUGUCAACAAGAGCCAGAAGAUGAAUGCUAGACUUAUUUUCAUCAUUUCCUUUUCUGCAUUAGUAGUCUUGGUGGUUUGCUGUGGAGCAGUUUCUAUCCUCUUAAGGUGGAGGAAGGUUGGUCGACCCUCAAAUGCUGUUGGUCCUGUCUUUACACCAUCUACUAAUAAGAGACCUGGAACUGGGUCUGUCUUAUCGUGUAGCACGGCUAGCUCGACAUCUAUAUCCCUCGUCUCCACCAUGCCUUUUUCCAUUCUGUCUGUUAAAACAUUUUCACUGGCUGAACUUGAUAAGGCCACAAAUAAGUUCAGUUUGAAAAGGGUUCUGGGUGAAGGAGGGUUUGGACGUGUUUUUCAUGGGAUCUUGGAUGAUAGAACUGAAGUUGCUGUUAAAUUGCUUACAAGGGAUAAUCAAAAUGGGGAUCGUGAAUUUAUCGCAGAAGUUGAGAUGCUAAGCCGUUUGCAUCACCGUAACCUGGUGAAACUGAUUGGCAUAUGUGUUGAAGACCACACACGCUGCUUGGUUUAUGAGCUAGUUCCAAAUGGCAGUGUCGAGUCUCAUUUACAUGGUGCUGACAAAAGAAGUGGGCCUCUUGACUGGGAUGCACGAUUGAAGAUUGCACUUGGUGCAGCAAGGGGAUUGGCAUAUCUUCAUGAAGAUUCUAAUCCUCGAGUAAUUCACCGAGAUUUUAAGGCCAGCAAUGUUUUGUUGGAAGAUGAUUUCACCCCCAAGGUUUCAGAUUUUGGUUUGGCAAGAGAAGCUACAGAAGGAAGUCAUCACAUUUCAACACGGGUCAUGGGAACUUUUGGGUAUGUAGCUCCUGAAUAUGCAAUGACAGGACAUCUACUCGUAAAAAGUGAUGUUUAUAGCUAUGGAGUUGUUCUUUUAGAACUUCUCUCUGGGAGGAAACCUGUGGACAUGUCUCAAUCCCCUGGACAAGAGAACCUUGUGACUUGGGCCCGUCCAUUACUAACCUGCAGGGAAGGACUAGCCCAGUUGGUUGAUCCCUCCUUAGCGGGAAACUUCGACUUUGAUGACAUGGCAAAGGUGGCAGCCAUUGCCUCCAUGUGCGUCCACCCAGAGGUGACUCAUAGGCCGUUUAUGGGGGAAGUAGUGCAAGCUCUCAAACUCAUAUACAACGACAACGACGAGACCUGUGGGGAUUGCUGCAGUCAGAAAGAGUCUUCUGCUCGUGACUCUGAUUUCAAAGGCGAGAGCAGUUGGUGGAAUGCUGGUGGGGUUUCUCCACAUAUAACCAUGGAGUAUAGUUCGGGUCCUCUUGAGGAGAUUGAAAACAGACCGUUUUCAGCUUCAGCUUUUACUGGGGGAGGGGGCUUCUUACCCAUCAGCCAUGGCAAUAGGUCGGGUCCUCUGAGGACAGUUCGGAGCAAGCCGUCGUUUUACCGAUUGAAAGGGAGUGUGAGCGAGCACGGUGGACUUCUGUCGAAGGGUGUUUGGAAUGACGGUACAAGUGGGUUUGAGGCUUCAUUUUAGAGUGUUUUUUUAAGUGUACAGUACCGAAUGACCAUGCUAAUUGAAGAAGUGGUCGCUUGGUGUAGCGUAGGAGUUUGCAUUGCUGAUGCGGGUUUCAAAUUUGGGGGAGGAGAGUGAGAGGAAGAGAGAGAGGGCUUUCGGUUCUAAUUUUGAUAAUCUUAAUUCAUUACCAUACGAAGUGAGAUGUAAGUUGGACACUUCUCCGUGUGUUGUAUAUGUGCUAUUAAAGAUUACCUUUUCCAGUUUGGUUCAAUGCUGGAUUGCUUGGGCCGACUCUGUUUCCAAUUC